AUGAGAAAUAGGGAGAUAUUUUUUCUAUGGCUAAAGACACUUCGGCCUCUAUCAGAACUGCUAGACAUGGUCAAACCACCUCCAGAGCGUGGAACUAAUAUACAAGUACAUUCUACGCCUUUUGGAUGUGAGGUUUUCCUGAAUGCAGUGACGCGAGGGUCUGUAUGUGGAGUGGUGGGGAAAAGGCCCUCCCUGCUUUUGACUGAUGCUGCUACAGCACUUGGCUCGGAAGGUGGACCUGUGUAUACCGAAGGUCCGACUAAAGAGUUAGUGGGAGCUGUAGUAUGCAGUGUGUCGUGGUGGAGAGGUGAAUGGGUUGGACUGACCCUGGCGGCUCCUUUGCGCUCAAUUCUUGCGGCCAAACUCAGAGUUCCUCCAGACAGUGUACCGCGGGCACCCAUAUCUCCUCUUCAUAGUCAAAUACUUGAACAAAUAGAUCGAGUGACGAUAUUAGUUCGUUGUGGCAAUGCAUGGGGCGCGGGCGUAUACUUGGGAAGGGGAUACGUCAUCACCUGCGCACACGUCGUUAAACAUCAUGCAUCGAGUAAAGUCUCCCUAUAUUGUCAAGGUGUCAAAGAAACGGCCAUAGUCCGGUACAAGACUGCAGACGACAAGGCUUACGACCUUGCUUUGCUCUUCACGAACCCUCAGUCCUGGACGCAUUUAUUACCCGCUGAGUUUAGCGAAGAACCUGCCACUAAAGGUGAGCGAUAG